CUCCCGGGGCAGGACGCGCUCGGUGCUGCCGCUGCUCCGGAGCGGUCAUGGGGCAGGGAGCAUCCCUGGGAUCCCUCACACCUCUCAGCAGGGGGAAAACCGCCGUGCCUUGGUGUGUGCUCAUGCAGUGCGAGAGGGGCGUUUUCACAUCAUAUCAGGGUGGUGGUUUUCUACUCUCUUCAUCCCAGUGAACUGUUCGACUAAAGAGAGUAGGGUUAGGUGGGAUUUUGGGAAGAAGUUCCUCCCUGUGAGGGUGGGAAGGCCCUGACACAGGUUGUCCAGAGAAGCUGUGGCUGCCCCAUCCAUGGUAGUGUCCAAGGCCAGGUUGGAGCAAACUGGGCUAGUGGAAUGUACAGGGGAUGGACCUGGAUGGUCUUCCAGGUGCCUUCCAACCCAACCCAUUCCAGCAUUCUCUGAGCACACAGUCGGUCUUCCCUUUGCCCUUAUUUGCAAUUCAAGUGUUGCCUUUUUUUUUGUUUUGUUUUAUUUUUAAAUCCUUGCACAGUGGGAAGCUGUGUAGUUCACCAAAUAUAGUCAUUUUAUCCUGCUAUGGCAUGGACAGUUUAUGGAUGAGUUUAUUUUUGGAGCUCUCCAGGGAAGAUUUUUUGAAGUAAACAAGAGUUAUUAGUAACUGAGUGAUUGCUACAGUGGAAGCAGCUUUAACUUGUUACUAAAUUGAAUUGGGUGCUUUUUUUUGCUACUUUUUUGCCUUCUCUAUGAGGUGUAGUGCCCUGUCCAUGGCAGGUUUUCAAAAAGCAGAAAUUUUGGAUGUUUAAAUUAAGAUUUUAAAAUAUCAAGCAAAAAAGUGCAUCUCUCUGAAUUUUGUAGUGUAGUCACUGAAUUUCAAGUGACUCUUGAAACUGGGUUUUCUCUAUUAGAAAGUAGUUAUAUGUAUAUAAGUAUGUAUAUAAGUAUGUAUAUAUAUAUAUAUAUAAAAUAGAUGUUCUUAGACAUGGACCAGAAUAUGAGGGAUUUAAUUCUAAUACUGUGAGUACCUUUUCCCAUCAUUAAAUGACGUCUUGGCAGGAGUUCAGUUUUCACUACCAGCUCUUAGGAAGAAAGAUUAUGUAUUUAUUGAGACAGUAAAACCAUUGAGGUUGGAUUUUGGAAACAUUUUGUCUCCUUCAGAGGAUGAAAACACUUUAUAAAUUUUGUUUGUUUGUUUGUUUGUUUAAUUUCUCAUCUCUUUUACAGUAACUGGCUUUAUCCUUUCCAUUACCCAGCCACGUGUCAGUUUUGUGGUUCCAGGUGUUAAGGAAGGCUUUUUAAAGGCUAAUUAAUUAAUAACCACCCAGAAUAAUUGAGUAAUACCAUUAAGUGUGGUACUAAUUCUCAAGAUCCACAGCUGCAGGGGCUCCACCAGCACUUGUUCCACUAAAUAUGUUUGGAAAAGGCUCCUUUCCUGCCUGUGCUGGUUUUAACAGGGACAGCAUCCCUGUUCUGGAGUUUUGGGGUGAUGAGGAGAGGAAAGAUGAGCUUUGACUCCCAGCUCCUGUCACCAGGAGCUCUAAUUACAGAUUUGCUUUGACUUUGCAAGGAGUUGGGCUGUCCCUGGGAUUCAGACCCGUGGGAAUUCUGGGAAGAGGUGCCUAUUUGCAGGGACUUGAGGUGUCUCUUGAGCUUUUCCCUAAAUUGGUAAAACACCAUUUGUGCAGGAGCAACACGUGGUUUCAUUUUGUCAGAAUGUGAACGAUUUUCCUCUUAUUUCGUUGGAGAAAUCCUUGGAUUGGAGUUGCUGGGAUUGAGAAAAGAUUAGAAUGAGAACCACAAAAGAUCUUUGUAGAUGAAACUUUGCCAAUAAAAUUUUGGUCACAGACUUAUUUCCUUUAGUUUGAAACUUGAUACUUAGUGAUUAACAGUAAUUGAAGUCACUUUAUUUUCUGUUUGUUUUUUUUUUUUAAUUUUUCAUAUUUAUUUAAAGACUAAUCUUUUCUUUCCCCCAAGUAAAAAUAAAAAGAAUCAACUGUCUUCAAAGUCACAUCAAACACUUGUUUCCUUGCAGUUUUAAGUUUUUAAAGCUGCUGUUCAGUGCUGAGUUUUCCCUCCCAGUUGUUGGACUGUAAAAUACACAGAAGGUUUAACUUCGUCACAUCCUUUGCCUUUGGGACUUGAAUAAAGUAAUUUGUAAUGUUGUCUGUUGAACAAAAUCAUUUUAUCUUGUUUCCUGUUUGUAACUCCUGACUUAGAGCACUUAAGGGAAAAAUACAUGAAAUUCAAGUUUUCCUCUGAAAAUCGGAGCCUGUGUUUUAUGGUGGAAAGGAAUGGAGGGAAUUCCUGGCAACUGGGGAGUUAUUCACCCUUCGUGUCCCUGCUUCUCAGGCACAAGUGUGUUACAUGUGCCAACCAACCUCUGAUAUCCUGGGAAUUUAUAAUGUUGAUUGCAUGACUUGUCCAAUUCCUGCCUUGGGGACCUGCAGUGGUGUGUGAGGGAUCUGCUGCUGGUUCUGAAUGAUGUCAGAGCAGGAUUUGUCAGAUGUUGUUCAAAUUGCAGUUGAGGACCUGAAUCCAGAUGACCCAGUUGUGCUGGAGAACCAUGAGGUGGCAGAUGAUGACGUGGAACCUGCUCUGAAACGUCAGCGCAUCGAGAUCAACUGCCAGGACCCCUCCAUCAAGUCAUUCCUGUAUUCCAUCAAUCAGACAAUAUGCCUGAGGUUGGACAGCAUCGAGGCCAAGCUGCUGGCACUGGAGGCCACCUGUAAAUCCCUGGAGGAGAAGCUGGACCUGGUCAUGAACAAGCAGCACAGCCCCAUCCAGGUGCCCAUGGUGGCCGGGUCCCCGCUCGGCGCCACCCAGACCUGCAACAAAGUGCGAUGCGUUGUCCCUCAGACCACAGUGAUCCUCAACAACGACCGGCAGAAUUCCAUCGUAGCCAAGAUGGUUGGGCAGGAAGAGCCAUUGAGCAGAGCAGCGGAUUCCCUGGAAAACAUCCUUAGCAAUGCUGUUCCAGGCCGCCGGCAGAACACCAUCGUGGUGAAGGUGCCGGGGCACGACGACAGCCACAACGAGGACGGCGAGAGCGGCUCCGAGGCCAGCGACUCCGUGUCCAACAGCGGCCAGGGGGGCAGCCAGAGCAUCGGCAACAACGUCACCCUCAUCACCCUCAACUCCGAAGAGGAUUAUCCCAACGGGACGUGGCUGGGGGACGAGAACAACCCCGAGAUGCGCGUGCGCUGCCCCAUCACACCCGCGGACAUGCUGCACAUCAGCACCAACUGCCGCACGGCCGAGAAGAUGGCCCUGACCCUGCUGGACUACCUGUUCCACCGCGAGAUCCAGGCCAUCUCCAACCUCUCGGGCCAGGGCAAGCACGGCAAGAAGCAGCUGGACCCGCUCAUGAUUUACGGCAUUCGCUGCCACUUGUUCUACAAGUUUGGCAUCACAGAGUCCGACUGGUACCGCAUCAAACAGAGCAUCGACUCCAAGUGCAGGACAGCGUGGAGGAGGAAGCAGAGGGGGCAGAGCCUGGCUGUGAAAAGCUUUUCCAGAAGAACACCUUCCUCAUCCUCCUACAGUGGUUCAGAGGGAUCCCAGAGUUCAGUGUCAGCUUCCAAUGAGAUCCAGCAGAACCAGCCCCAGGCCCUUCACUACGCCCUGGCCAACGCCCAGCAGGUCCAGAUCCACCAGAUAGGAGAGGAUGGACAAGUCCAAGUAAUCCCACAGGGCCAUCUCCACAUAGCCCAGGUGCCCCAGGGGGAGCAGGUCCAGAUCACACAGGACAGUGAGGGAAACCUGCAGAUACACCAAGUUCACGUGGGUCAGGAUGGACAGGUGCUGCAGGGCGCUCAGCUCAUCGCCGUGGCGUCGGCCGAGCCCGCACCCGGGGGGGUGGAUGGAUCCCCACUCCAGGGAAGUGACAUCCAGGUCCAGUACGUGCAGCUCACACCGGUGACAGACCACUCUGCCACCAACCAGGGCACCGACAGCCUUCAAUCAGCAAUCCAGCCAGAAAUGCAGAUAGAACACGGGGCAAUCCAAAUUCAGUGAGGGAACUGAGGAACACUGGGAGCUGUGGGUGAACCACAGGCAGAAAUGAAGUGCAAGAGGACAAAAAUACCUCUUAAAACCAAUGGUCACACCUCAGACAUCUCCAGCCAUGGCCUGGUUGUCCUCACCUGGAAUAACUCACACCCUUCUACUUCAGCUGGAGCUGCACCACACCACCAGUGAAGAUCUGGCCUUCAGGAGAAAAAAUCAGAAAAUCAAGAAAGAGGAAGAAAAAAAACCCCACCAAACCUUGCAAAAAGACAGAAGGAGAUUUAAUGCAUCCAAACUGUGAGACUCAAUUCCUGCUCACCUGUUUCUUCUGUGAAAAAGGCCCUUUGAAUGUCUGCAGAUACCUUAGGAGGUGUAUUGCUGCUUUGCAAUACUUGCUUUACCACAUAGAAAAGUUCCAGAGCUCAGCUAUUUUUCACUGUUUAAAUGGCUUUUUUUUUAUUUGCUAUGGUGUUUAUAACAAAAAAUGGAAAAAAUAUUUAAAAAGAGGAAAAUUCCCAUGGCAGCAAGUAUUGGCCUUUUGCUGGUGUUUUCUGUUCAGUGUAAUGAAAACUGUACUUGCAGAAGACUAACAAUUUUGUUUGUACUGUUGCUUAACUACUUUUCUAGGGGAAAAGGCUUUAAAAUGCUGUAAUUAUGCAUUUCUAAUGGAAAAUAAAUGUGUAUUUAUGAAUAGUGCAGCUCUUAAGUUGCUCUGCUGUGGGGUGAGGAUGGUCUGGUGGCUGCAGGAGUGGAGUUCUGGAGGAGCUGAUGCCACUUGCAAGCUGUACUGGAAGUCACUUUAAGUGUCUAAGGAAGGUCUCAAUCUCAGAUCAUUUCAUUACCUAAAUUUUCAGUGCAAGAAAAACGGGAUGGUUAAGCUUUGGAGUCUGCAAAUCAUAUUUAUACAAUGACUUUAUGAAAUUUAUGGUAAAUGUGAACAGUUCUGAGCUCUCUCCCUUUUAGUUCCUCCUGCCUCCUUUGUCCAGCAGUGCCUCAGUUUGGGAUUCAUCCAUCCAAAAGUCUGGUAUCCACCAUCCAGAGCAAGGUGAAACCCUCUGUCCUCUGAAACCUCUGGGAAAUUUGGUAUUGAUUUCAACAAAGCACCAUUUUCCUAUUUGCUAAGCUUGAGUAGGAAGGAAACCUGUUGGCUGUAACCUGAUUAUUAUUUAAUGAUUUUUUGGAAAAAUACAGACUUUACUGGGGAAGGUGUUGCUUUGUAUUUGAUUUUCAGCUGAUUUCUAUAUGAUUGUUGCCAAUAUAUGGCUCAUAAUGCAUUGAAUUUAAUUAAUGAAUGAGGCAUAGCCACAAAUUCCAUAUUGUUGAAUUCAGGAUAACUUGUAUUUUGAUUUUUUUUAUCUUAUGAAAAGAAGGGUUAAGCCCAGCCAGUUUCUGGGAAUGUUGUCCCUGGGAAGUGUUACACUUUAUGUAUAAAUUCCUGCCUCUCUUUAGGAUGUCUCUUGACUCAGGAGCACAAUGCAGACUGAACCACAGCUUAUGGAACACAGGGUUUGUACCAGGCCAAGAAUUUGGCUGCUCUUCAGUUUCUUUUUAUAAAAGUGUUUCUCAGUCUGGGGUAUCUUUGAAGAUCUUGGCAUCCAAAUAGAGGCCUAAAAAUAAGCAAGGCCUGUACAUUUUACUGUGGCUGGUUAAACACAGAAUUCCAGAAUGGUUUGGGUUGGGAGGGACCUUAAAGCUCAUCCCAUUCCACCCCCUGCCAUGGGCAGGGACACCUUCCACCAGCCCAGGUUGCUCCAAGCCCUGUGCAACCUGGCCUUGGACACUUCCAGGGAUGGGGCAGCCACAGCUUCUCUGGGCAACCUGUGCCAGGGCCUCCCCACCCUCACAGGGAAGAAUUCCUUCCCAAUAUUCAGUCUAAACCUGUUUUCUUUCAAAUCCAUAUUUUUUCAAGUAUUUUUUUUUAAGUCCAUUCCCCUUGUCCUGUCAAAUGGAGGAGGAGAAUCCUCCCCCUCUGCUCUGCUCUGUUUCGUGGUACAACUAAAAUUCUGUUCUCUUUGCAUUUUUCAGCUCAGGUACGAGAUCAGAUUGAGUUCAGGACAUGAGAUUGAGUUCAGGAGGUUCCCUUUAGCCACCAGACCUGCUGCAGGCUCAACUCUCUUCUAAAACUGACUCUAAAGGUGUAUCAAGGGGUGAAGUAGCUGAUGUAGAUCCCAGGAGAAGGAAAUCUGCUCCAGUGUGGAAUGGAGAGUGUCAAAUCAAUUGGAAUAGGUAAGGAGAGCAGCUCAGUAAGAUCCUCCACUGCAUCCAGACUUUGAGGUCCUCCAGAUGGGAACGUUCCUCCACGUUAUGUCCAUGUUUACAGGAGUCUGAGCUGUGUUUGUCCUUCAAAGUGAAGAGUCUCCAAGAAUGGUUGAUGGGUUUUCUGGGCAUCACAGCUGUGUCACCUACAAAUAAGUCAUUCCCAAAAGAGUCAUUCGGGAGUGAAUUCCCUUUUGGGAAGUGGUCUGGGAGGUUCUGUGCAGGGUGAAUUUAUGUCCAUACAGAGUUUAUAACAAAACCACUAAGAAAUCCUAAAAAUAUUGUGAGGUAACAAGGAAUCAGCAUCUUCCAGGGGUUCUGAGGGUUUGCCUGGCUCUGAGUUCUGGCGGGUUGGUAUUGGUUGACCACAGAUGUGGUUCUGUCCUUGAAGACAACUUUCAGUGGGUCAACUUGAAACACACUCCCAUUAUGUCUCCUGUCACUCACAGCUUUGUCACUAAUAAGGUUCUUUUUCCCUCAACAAACCAUCCAAAAUCAACAUUUUUAACUCUUCUUUUCCUCCUCAAGCUGCUUUUGUCCAGGAGAAGUUGAGAACAUACGACCAGGAGCCUUCAGGGAGACGUUUCUUGUAAGGUUAGACUUGGAUCAGCUGCGUGUUUUAUAUUUAAUUGAUUUUAAUUCACCUUGUGACCUGCAGAAUCCUGUUUUCAUGGGGUUGAUUUGAUUGAGUGCAAGAAUGUUUCUGUGUCCAGGCUUGGGAGGGAGAAGAGCCUCUGGUUGCCCUACUUGGUCCUUGGAUCCCACCUGAAAAGGUGAAUUCUUGAGGGCAUCCAUGGUCCUGAUUUAAAACUAAUCAAAAUAUUCCAUUUUGAUGGAUUGCACAGCCAGAAAUUGGUCUAAAAAAAAGUGAGGGAGUGGGUGAUUUCUUUCCUGGUUUUCUCUUUCUUCCAUUCCUUGUUAGUUUUACGCAUUUUUGUCUUGCAAAACAAAUCUAUAAAAGCCAUCACCCUCCUGUGACCCAAAUAAACUGGAAUGUCCUCAUUAGCUGCGUUUUUAGGCAUUUCAGUAUUGACAGUUUGCCUGUAAAGGAAGGACUCGUGGCCAAAACGUUGCUGUGAUGCUUGUCUCCCUCGUGGAGAUCCUGGUGUGUGAAUAUUCUCUGGUGGCCCUGGAUUUUAUUAUCCACUUCUGUGGAUGCAGAGUGUCAUGUUAGAAAAUACAGUGAGAAAACCAAUACCUAAAAAAAAAAACCCCAACCCUAAAUCACUCCAUGAUCUCCCUCUACACCAACUUCUGUUAGCAAUCAGUAUUCCUCCUGAAUUCCUAAUUAUCCAGGCACUGCAAAUUCUGACGAGAAUUCAACAAGAACUGUUUCCCAUUAUCAGGAGUAAGAAUGUUCCUUUCAUUCCCGGCGAUCCCAAAGCUCUUCUGGAAGCUCUGCUGGUUUAGAUGAGCCCUCAGCAGUCAAAGCUCAUUUCCUUGGAUGGAGCUGGGAAUAAGGAAGUCGUUCAGCUGGAAUCAUAUUUGGGUAAACUGAGCUGGCUGUUCAGCGCUCUGCUACAAACACACAGACCUGGGGUUGCUGCUGAGCAAGGUUUGACUCAUUUAAAGGGUGUUUUAUGCCCCAAAAAUAGGAACAGCAGCAGCAAGUGGAGGCAGGAGGAGCCGUGCAGAGCCCACAAGCACUUUGGCCAAGGCAGAGUCAACACUCCUCAUUCUAAAGGUGAUUUUUAAUCAAAUCUUCUUCUUUCUCGUGAUAAAUGGGAUGGAACUGGAUGAGAACCUGUUUUUCCCCAUUUACAACCUCUCAUACAAUUUAAAUCUCUCUGUUUGAUUAUUUUGCCUGGUUUUAAACUUGGGUGAAUUCAAAGUUUUCUCCUCUUUUCUUCCUCUUCAAUUUUUCUAAAUUUCCUUUUUGCAAAGGAAAAAAAAAAGUCUUUUAAUGAUAUUUAAUAAAAUUUUAUAUUUCAGGCAGAAAAUAUAUCCUAUAUCUAUUUUA